AUGAGUCCGCCGAAUAUCUCGCUUUGGGCCCGAGAUGCCGCCAGUGAGAUCAAGUCGGUGCCCUCGACGCUUUCUAGUUGGGACAAGUGUAUGGCCAAAUCAUACUGCAAAUGGCCAGUCAUUGUCGGUAUCAUUGUCGGGUCGGUGAUCGUCAUUGCCAUUUUGGCGUCCUCCGCCCCCGCGGCCCCCGCCUACCAAUCCCCAGCUGCGCCGCCCGCGUUCCGGGGCACCCCGCAGACUCGCUCCACGCCGCAGACGGCGCGCUUCGAUUCGCCCAAAACCGCAUCCUCCACAGUGAAUGAAGAUGCGCUGCCUGCGAUGCCAACGUGGGAGGGCGCAGUCGACAAGCGCGUCGAGGAUCCCAAUGCCCACGGGGACGAUGUCGAGAUGGAGCCGUUGAAUCCGCACGGUCAAACACCGGAUCGUAAACAGGGAGCCGGCACGCCCAUGUACGGCACGGCCUAUUCGGACUACCCGCCGAACCGAGAGCCCUCACCCGGCGGAUACCGCGGCUUUGGACCGGUCGACCCGUACAGCCGCCGGUCACCCGCCCCCGCAGCGGCUUUGGCUACGCAAGAUCCCUAUGGGCGCCGGUCACCAGGGCCAGCCGCAGCCUUUGCUGCUGCUAAGGAUCCUUACGGACGACGUUCGCCGGGCCUGGUGUCCCCCGUGGCCACCCAGGAUCCCUAUGGACGGCGCUCCCCAGGCUUGGCCUCCCCAGUGGCCGGGCAAGACCCCUAUGGCCGACGAUCACCUGGCCCGGCAGCGGCAUACGCCACGCAAGAUCCGUACGGGCGCCGCUCCCCAGGCUUGGCCUCGCCCGCGGGUCCUCCAGUGCACAACCCAUACGACCCGCAGCCGUACCACCAGCAGUCGUACGACGACUACUCGCCCGGCGGCCAGUACAACGCCAUCACCUCGCCCUCGCCCGUGGCCGCCUACAAGCCGCACACGGCAUACAGCCCGGUGCCGAUGGCGUUCUCGCCGUCCUCAGAGGUCGGCCAUGGUACACCCGCCCCCGGCUUCCAGCGCCAGCCGUCUGGUGCCUCGAGCCAGUACCCUCCCACAUACACCUCCCAGCCUCCCUACCGGGGCGUGUCCCCAUCUCUCCCUACUUCGCCGCCUCCUCCCUUCCCGGCUCCUUCGCCUUCCGUGUAUACUGCUCAUGACCCGCACCCGGACCCCAGCCGUGACAGACCCCCGAGUCUGUUGCAGAGUGGGCCCAAGGGCUCUUACCGUGAUUUUUAA